AUGCCGAAGCUUAGCAAUGACGAGGGUACUCGAGACGAUUCUGAGCUUGACAGUCUUGCUUACAGAGAGCGAAGAGGAUUUUCGCCUUUGAUUUCUGAAAGUUUUUUCUUUCCGAUCCCAAUCCCCAUUCUUUUCAUGUAUGGGGAUAACAAGUAUGCCAUGCAGCACUCACCUCAAUGGUGUGAAUACAUAACAUCCGUGAAACGAGUAGAGGAUGGUAUUUCAAAUGUUAUCAAGAUCGAAGGGGGCGGUCACUGGUUCUUUGCAGAGCCUAACUGCUCCAGAGAAGUCUCCAAACAUGUGGUUGAUUUUAUUAAAGCACCAACGAAGUGA